AAAGAAGCUGCUUUCAUCCUGCACAGACAAGAAAGAUAGAAGUCACCCACAGGGCCAAGCCACUCUUUCAUCCUCAGAAGAAGGUGCAAGGCUGUUGCAGUCAAAUUUGCUCCGGGCAUUAUCAACCAAAUAACCUUCAACAUGGCACACGGCAAAGGGAUAAUGUUCUUGUUUUACUCCACACUGCUGGUGUCCUUCAUUUUGACCACAUCCCUGAAAACUCUAGACUCGGAGCAAGAGCUGAAGGACAGCGGGUUCGGUCAGCCACCGCCACGCCACGGCCUCAAGCUGCUGGUGUGGUACGUUCGAAACUGCGUGGACAACAACAUGAUGGCUCUGUGUCACCCCACUGAAGGAGAGUAUGGAUUUCAUAAGUACGGUAACUAUCAACUCCUGCUCCCAGUGAUCAAGGACGAGCGUCAGUAUGGAUACUACACCGUCGGGAACCUAAAUACUCGUCAUUCCAAGGACCUGCCUGUUGAAGUCAGGAAGUACUACAACCACAGUGACCCUCAAAGUAACAUGGACAGAGUUUUGGUGAAAUACAACAACAACAAUAGACGCAUUGAGGAGAUCUAUGCAUCCGCACAUUAUAGACCUGAAGAGACGUACAAAAUCGGGCCCAAUCUUGUCGCGUCUCUUCGAAAACCAGCGACCUUCAUUAUCAGAGAGAGGUGGUGAGGUUCUGGUGCGGGAUGUCAAAGCUCUAUAGUUCUUCAAUCCUUUCAAAUGUUUUGUAUUUUUUCUACUGCUUCUUUACUGUCAGACAGUUGCAAAUGUUUAUUGGUAUAUAAUGAUAUAUAAUAUAACACGUGGUUAAAACGCAAAUAAAACUGGCUGCAGAGCAAAUGAGAUUACGCAACACAAAGCAUAUUACUCACCAAGGAACUCAGUGAUACUUUGAAAUAAAAAUAAAACUAAUUAAAUAAAUGUUAGGGAUUUUAGGGAUGUGUAAUAUAAUUUAAAUGCAUUGUCAUGUACUGUAAUUGCUCCAUUCUUUC